AUGCACCUGGUGCGUCAUCUUCAUGACGUCCUGAUGGCGCCCGUCACGGACAAGGGGACAGUCUCCGAUGCGCUUGCAGUGGCCAGUGAAUUGAAGCAGGGCUGCGUACUCACUCCCACCCUCUUCAGUCUCAUGUCCUCUGCCAUGCUGAUGGAUGCCUGCCGUAAUGAGCGUUCUAUUACCAGCGUCUUCUACAAGAUCGACCGCCAGUUUCUCAAUACCUGA